AUGCGACCAAGUAGAGUAUUCGAGUGGAAUAACUGGGUUCCAAAAAAGGUGGCUAUCGUAGCAUGGAGAUCAGAGAUGGAACGAUUACCGACCAAGUGUGCGUUAUCGAUUCGUAACAUCCCGGUACAAAAUCAAAGGUGUAUGUUAUGCAGUGAAUAUGACGAGACUAGUGAACAUCUGUUUGUUUCGUGUCACUUUGCGCAAACCAUUUGGCAGAAUAUUGCAGGAUGGUGUAGAAUGCCUCCGAUCAUUGCCUUCGAUGUUAAAGAUUUGCUAGAGUUACACGGAUUCAGCACAGGUUCGAAGAAAAAGAAAAAAGCUAUAAAUGCUAUUGUUUUGGUUACUUUUGGUGCAUCUGAAGGAUGA